UCAAUUGCCGCUUCUAACCCCAACAACCCACCUAUUUCUCCUCCACCACCUCACAUUUCGCACCUGCUCUCUUCAAUUCCAGUACGCAGUCAUGAGUACUACCCUCACUGUCACGCAGGCGCCCGCAAUUACUGCGGAAAACGUCUUGCGCCUCUUCCCCGAAGUCAACACCACCCUCAUUGGGGCCUCGCACAAUUCCGCCACCGCCGACGACUCGCUGGAGGGCUACGAUGAGGAGCAGAUACGGUUGAUGGACGAGGUGUGCAUCGUCCUGGAUGAGAAUGACAUACCCAUCGGGAGCGCGAGCAAGAAAGUUUGCCAUCUCAUGGAGAACAUUGACCAAGGGUUGCUCCAUCGCGCUUUCUCCGUCUUCCUCUUCGACUCCCAGAACCGGCUGCUUCUCCAGCAGCGCGCCACGGAGAAGAUCACUUUCCCCGACAUGUGGACGAACACCUGCUGCUCGCAUCCCCUCGGCAUACCAGGAGAGACCGGUGUAGGUCUGGAGGCGUCGGUGCAGGGAGUGCGACGCGCGGCGCAGCGGAAGCUGGACCAUGAACUGGGCAUCCAGGCUGCGCAGGUGCCUCUCGACAAGUUCCGGUUCCUCACGAGGAUACACUACAAGUCUGCGAGCGAUGGAAAAUGGGGAGAGCAUGAGAUUGACUACAUCCUCUUCAUCAAGGCCGACGUCGACCUCAACGUCAAUCCCAAUGAGGUCCGGGAUAGCCGCUACGUUUCGCAGGACGACCUCAAGGCAAUGUUCAAGGAUACGUCGCUCAAGUUCACUCCGUGGUUCAAGCUCAUCUGCGAGGGCAUGCUCUUCGAGUGGUGGGACCAUCUAGACUCUGGUCUGGAGAAGUACAUGGGGGAGAAGGAGAUCCGGCGGAUGCUGUAGCCGCUAUUCGGCCUAUGAUUUAAAGAGUAAAGAGAUGAGCGCACCCUCUUGUUUCAUAUGGAUUUACCAUCGCGGCUCUCGGAGCGGGUACACGAGAGCAUCGCGAUUCCAUUGGUCUGGACAGAGCCCCGAUUGCAACGCACUAUGCAUGCACACAUAAUCAAGUUUUCGAAGAUAGAUACCAUGCCGCGAUCUAAUACACCCAUCGAUCAAUUCGCUGCUCCCCACG